AUGUGCAAAGAACCAGGGAACCAUUGGCAUUUUGUUGCGCUACUUGUUGCAUUCUUCGACGUGGGAGGCCAAGCAAAACAGGCCCAAAAAAGGAUCAUCAAUGUCGGACAACGGUCGUCCAUGUUCUCCCACCCAAAGACGAUUCAUCCAACAGCACUACUCCAUCUUACUGUAGCCAAGAACCAUACCAGCACAUUCCUGGAUGUUGUGCUGAGAAUUGUCGUCCAUGUUCUCCCACCCAAAGACGAUUCAUCCAACAGCACGACUCCAUCUUACUGUAGCCAAGAACCAUACCAGCACAUUCCUGGAUGUUGUGCUGAGAAUUGUCACUAUGUGCUAAGAGAAGAAGAUCCCUAUGUACCCGAUUAUCCUUUCAUGGAAGAGCGGCGCUAUCUAACAUCCAAGCAUUUGGACGAUACGGCGCAACGUCGGAUUUCUCAAUGGCGCCAUCGAAUUGCCGCCAUGCGAGCGCCAUUGGCGCAAUUCGAUAAGGAGACCAAUAUUAUGGGAAUUGUACAUACUGCUGUAUAA